UUAGCAUAGCUUGUCUAUGCAGUCUCGCACCUAGGUGUUGAUCGAAACCAUCCGGGAUGCCAAUCAAUCAGCGCCAAUGAUCAAUCACACAUUGGCACGCAGGAACUUUUAAAUUCACAAGCAAAUGUGGGACAGACAUAGAAAGAAAAGCAAAACACACGCGGUAGUUUAGGCUAGUUUGUUUGUAGAAAAGCCUAAAUCCAGGUCAAACGCGAAGAAUGGAGACUUUGGUUAUUUUAGCCCUAGCUAUUUUAUCCAUUAGUGCGUCUGCUUUAGGAAAUGGAGAAGAUUUGAAGACUCAGGAGCGCUUGUUUUUAAAUUCGUUGGGUCUCUCAGCUCGUCCAAAGCCGUCAGCACACCGCCGCGUUCCCUCGGUGUUGUGGAGGAUGUUCAAACGUACCAGCACCCGGGAGAACGACACCCACGAAAGCGACCGGUGCAUGGUGUCUGAGUAUGGAGUUCGCGGGAACAUUGUUCGAUUUGUGCAGGAUCAAGGUAGACUGGUGUCAGGCUGGAGCGGCAGCUGCCACAACUGUGUGGAGAAARARKUGUUCUUCAACAUGUCCGUCCUGCAGCCCGUGGAGCAGCUCUCUCUGGCGCAGCUGGAAAUCAAGUUCCAGUGGGACGUGUUCCGCACACCAAGGUUCCUCCGGGGCCCACAGGCGCUCAGCYUGUCCCUGUACAAGGUGUUGCGUGUGACCCUGAGGGGAGCGAGCCACGAGGCCCACCGCAGGCUGGUGCUGUCCCAGUCGGUGCAGCUGGAACCAGAGGCCGGUUCCCUCACCCUGGACCUCACAGCGCUGGCAGAGAACUGGCGUAAACCGGGUCAUAACUACGGCCUGGUGCUGGAGCUGCAGCCACACCCCGUCCACACCCAGGCGACGGACUUCUUCAUGGCCCAGAACCUGGCGAACGCCGUCCCUUUAGGGCRGACCGUAACCCUCCCAGAGUUCCAUGCCUCCCUGGUGGUUGUAUCCCUGAAUCCACUCCAGUGCCGCUCUCGGCAGAAGAGGAGCGCCGUCUACCUSCCGGUUACACCCAGCAACGUGUGUAAGCCGCGCCGCCUCUACAUCGACUUCAAGGACGUGGGCUGGCAGGACUGGAUCAUUGCUCCGCAGGGCUACCUGGCCAACUACUGCCACGGAGAGUGCCCGUUCCCACUGAGCGAGAGCCUGAAUGGCACCAACCAUGCCAUCCUGCAGACACUGGUGCACUCCCUGGACCCCCACGGCACACCCCAGCCCUGCUGUGUACCCAUCCGCCUGUCACCUGUCUCCAUGCUCUACUACGACAACAACGACAACGUAGUCCUACGUCACUACCAGGACAUGGUGGUGGAUGAGUGUGGCUGCAGAUGAAAUGCAUUAGGAGUGAUGGCUGGUUGGUGUAGUGGAUUUUAGAAAAGUUUGAAUUGUCUUUUUUUUACCUGUAAUAAAACGCUUAUUCAUUGAUUCUCCUGUAAUGAAAAGGCUUUGGUAUAAUUCCGACAGAUCUCUUUUCAGUUUGUCAGAGGCACACUUUUCACCUAACACAAAGUUCAGAUAUAAAUUAACUUUAUAGAGGAGACCUACUUCUCUGUCAUAUAUAGAUGUAGGAUCUUAAUUUGAUCACCCUUUUGUUGCUGAGCAGGAAAUGCAAUCUUGUAGUGCAUUCAAGGUUUUAAAAGGCUUCUAAAGUUUAUAAUUUCCACUUUAAAAUGUCAGACUUGAUUUGCUAAUGAAAAAUGUAUUUUAUUAUUAUCCACAUAAUUCAUGUCUUGUUGCUGCAUGAUCAGCUUCUCCCGCGUCUGUAGGGGAGUUGCAGCGAUAGAACAAUACUUUAACUACCAAUUGGGGAGAAAAGUGGUAAAAUAAAAUGUGUCUCUUUAAUCAAUCUAGCAUUUUGGAUUUGAGCUCAACAUUUUCAUAUGAGGCAACAGUAUAGAAUGUCAACUUUUUUUAUUUGAGUAUUUUUUGAAUACAUCUGUCUUACCAUUUUAAAAAUGAAUACACCUUAUGAACCAAGUAAAGAUCUCCUCAAUUUAA